AAAUUUUAAGGAUCUCUUAUAGCCACAGUCCUUCUUCUGUUCGUUAGGGAACUCUAGGUUUAUUUAUAUAUGGGAUUUCAGGUCGCAAUAAGUCCUUGGAGAGUUGCAGCAUGAAGCACUGCGGCGUCGCCUUCUUCGCGGGCGCAUGGCAGCGACUCUAAAGCAAGCCUUCCCACCUCGACACAGAAAUGCAUCUGCAUCGACGCCGGCACCAAAACGGUGACAAAUGCUCUUGGGUCCACGGCGACGAUUACGACAAUUGCUUCCCGGGAGAAAAUGUGCCCCUGAAAACGGGUCGGGACGGGCUCGUCAAGAUGUACAGCGGAAGCUACGUCGCGACAGCGAUUGCUGCCGGCUCGGUCGGCCUCCUGCUCUACAUUAACAAGCUCAUCGCGAAGGAGGUGGGUGAAGACGAGAUAAAAGGGGUGAAUAAUCCAAGGCGUCGAGAGCGGAUUACCCGUGCGCUAAAUUCGAUGAGCGCGUCUAGCAAGUCGACGAAUAGCAGGUGCCCCCAAUUCAGCGAGUUCGAGUUUCAGUUGAAUCAAGACAUGUUUUUUUUCGAAACUACAGCAGAUUAUGGAUAGAUUGAAGAAGUAAAUAUGGGGCUUCAUAUCCCUUUCACCUGCUCAAGAGAUUAAGUUCGUAAGAAAUUUUGGAAUACAAAGAGAUAGGCUAAUUCCUACGCAUCUGAGUAUCGCUGAACGAGUUGAUCACUCAAG